UCCAGGGCAGUCAGCCCAGCCAGCCCCACUCCUUGGCAGGGUUACUGGGCAGAGGCUCGCCCGGGAGUGGGCUCCACAUGGGGAACAUCAUUCGGGCCCUCGUGGCCUUCAUCCCCACCGACCGCUGCCAGAGUUACGUGGUGGGAGACCUCCGGGAGAUGCCGCUGGACAGGACGGUGGAUCUGAGUGGGAGUCAGCUGCGUCGCUUCCCGCUACACGUGUGCUCCUUCACCGAGCUGGUGAAGCUCUACCUCAGCGACAACCACCUCCACAGCCUGCCUCCAGACCUGGCCCAGCUGCAGAACCUGCAGAUCCUGGCCUUGGAUUUCAACAACUUCAAAGCCCUUCCCCAGGUGGUGUGUACCUUGAAACAGCUCUGCAUCCUCUACCUGGGUAAUAACAAACUUUGUGACCUCCCGGAUGAGCUCAGCCUGCUCCAGAACCUCCGCACCCUGUGGCUGGAGGCCAACUGCCUCACCCAGCUGCCCGAGGUGGUGUGUGAGCUGAGCCUCCUGAAGACCCUGCAUGCGGGUUCCAACGCCUUACGGCUGCUGCCCGGCCAGCUCCGGCGCCUGCGCGAGCUCAGGACCAUCUGGCUCUCCGGCAACCAGCUCGCCGACUUCCCCCCUGUGCUUCUGCGCAUGCCCUUCCUGGAGGUGAUCGACGUGGAUCGGAACAGUAUCCGCUACUUCCCCAGCCUGGCCCACUUGACUAAUCUGAAGCUGGUCAUCUACGACCACAACCCUUGCCGAAAUGCCCCCAAGGUGGGCAAAGGUGUGCGCCGUGUUGGGAGAUGGGCAGAUGAGACGCCAGAGCCUGAGCCCAGAAAAGCGAGGCGAUACGCACUGGUCCAGGAAGAGAGUCAAGAGCCACCUGCUCCCCUUCUUCCUCCCAGCUCCUGAAGAGCCUCUCAGUUGUAGUAGGCCAGUUUAAGAGGGCGCAAUUGUUCUGAAGACAGUCUCAUUAGAACGGAAGAGUCCCGGCUCACCCCAAGGCUGAUGGAGAGCCAGGUGAGAUGUUGUAUCUAAAGGGAUAUUGAGAAGAAAGCAUUUCCGGUCCAAUGCACCUCUCCUAGGAAGGUGUGGGCUGUUUGUUGGUGGCCUGGAACCCACCCAGAGUGACUGUCGCUCCUGAAGCAGCUUCUUCAAAUAAGCUAUUUUGAAACACUGAAGAGAAGAAGGGCCAGGGCCCUUUGGCCUCUUCCACUACGCAGAAAUGGCUGGUCCUGAGGCUGGUGAGUGCUUCAAAUAUGAUACGUUAAAAUAAACAAAAACUAUCAAACGCUCA